CCACAUGUUCUCAAAAUGAUUGGACUCAUUGAGAAUAUGAGUCGGCUGGAUCAGCAAUUUUCUCAGGAAAUGGCUAUAGACACCAUCCUCCAUUCUCUUCAUAGCGGGUAUGAUCAGUUCAAACUGAACUACAGUAUGAAUAGUCUGGACAAAACGCUCACUGAGCUUCACGGUAUGCUGAAGACCGCUGAAAAGACGCUCAAAAGUGAUAAGCAGGAUGUGCUUAUGGUGCGUGGGGGCAAGUUCAAGAAAUCUGGAAAGAAGAGGAAUGCUAAGAAAGGUGGCAACAAGGCCAGCCCAACUAAGCAAACUGGCGCCAAAUCUGUAAAGAGGAAGUUCAGUCAACCCACUUCUGAAUCCGAAUGCUUCUACUGCAAGAAGAAGGGGCAUUGGAAGAGAGAUUGCUUGAAGCUAAAGGAAGAUCAGAAGAACGGAACAGUCGUUCCAUCUUCAGGGACUAAGAAGAAGUAGAAAGUUAAGCAAGGGUGAAGUCGACCUACGAGUGGGAAAUGGAGCACGGAUUGCUGCAUUAGCCGUAGGAACUUACUAUUUGUCGUUGCCCUCCGGGCUAGUUUUGGAACUGGAAGAAUGUUUCCAUGUUCCAAGUCUUAC